AUGGACCAAUAUCAAAUAGUUGUACUUGGAGAUACCACCGAAAGUAAGUAUAAUACUUCAACAAUCGAUACAAUCGAUGACGCGUUUGAGAUGAAACUUAUGAUUGACAAUUUACCUUGCGUGGUAAAACUAUUAGAUGGUAAUAAAACAGAUGCACUUAUUCUGGUCUACUCAAUAAUUUCGUUUGAAAAAUUUCGUCGUAUCGAACAUUAUUGCAAGAAAAUUUUCAACUCCAUUACAAGAACAACUUUUUCAACUCCAAUAAUUAUCGUUGGUGACAAUCUUGAUAAAGUAAAUGAAAGGGAAGUUUCUCGUAACGAAGGUUUACAAUUAGCAGAAAAAUAUAAAUGUGAAUUUUUGGAAGUAUCAACUAAAACUGCAUUGAAUGUAGAAAAAUGUAUUCACACUUUGGUGAGAAUGAUUAGGAGGAAUAACGAAGAUGAGAAGAAUAUGAAUUUAAAAGAUUGGAAUGGAAAAGAAAGAAAUCAAGAUACGAAAAUAAUGAAAUGUAAUAUAUUUAAAAAUGUUUUGGAAAUGUAA